GCUGCCACACACACAGCAGCUGUUCCCUGCCUCACUAUGACAGCCUAGCCUCACCUCUGUCUCUACAAACACACACAUACCAGGCAACAGUACAGGAGGAGCACCACUCUGUCCGAGAUAGGGAUCAGUCAUUCCAGAGAAACAGGUCUGAGAACAGUGAGAGGAAAGAAUGGGGCUGUGGACGAUGCUGAUCGUGGCUUCGCAGCUGAUCUUAAACCUGUGCUCAGACGUGGGAGCCCAGGUCUCAGUCUAUGAUCUCCUAAACUCCCCGGACUGUCUGCCAGACCUGCUGCAGGGCGGCCUGGUGGAGCAGGGGGUGAAUGAGGCGUUCAUCCUCACCACCUUUAAACUGCAGCCCAAGACUGGCACCACCGUGUUCGGUCUGUACAACCCCCGGGACAACAGCAAAUACUUUGAGUUCACCGUGCUGGGGAAACUCAACAGAGCUGUGCUGCGUUAUCUGAGGAGUGAUCGGAGGAUGAGCUCUGUGACCUUCAACAACAUCCAACUGGCGGACGGUCAGCGCCACCGCCUCCUCUUCCACCUGAAGGGGAUGCAGCAGGGACCCGGGGGGGUGGAGCUACACCUGGACUGCAGACUGGUGGAGACGGUCAGGGAUCUCCCCUCCGUGUUUCAGGGCCUGCCUGCAGGCUACGGCGUGGUGGAACUGAAGAGCAUGCAGGGCAAAGCAGAGGAGAAGCUGGAGGAAUUGAAACUGGUGGUGGGAGACACGUUCGAGAACGUAGCCUCUCUACAAAACUGCCACCAACAAGGAGACUCAGUGCAGACUCUGGGGGUCAACACAAAGCAGCUCUCCAAUCAAAUGCUUGAGCUCACCCAGGUGAUAAAUGAGCUGAAAGAUGUCCUUAUUCAGCAGGUCAAAGAGACAUCUUUUCUCAGAAACACCAUCUCUGAGUGCCAGGCUUGUGGACUGGGUGGAAGCGAGGUCAUGGAGCCAAAGUGUGCCCAUGGUGUUUGUUUCCGUGACGACAUGUGUAUUGAGACGGAGGAGGGUGUUGAGUGUGGACCCUGUCCUGAUGGAUACACAGGGGAUGGCUUCAGCUGUGAUGAUGUGGAUGAGUGUCAGUUUAACCCUUGCUUCGCCGGGGUAAAGUGCGUGAACACAGCUCCAGGGUUUCGCUGUGACGCAUGUCCUCUGGGCUACACUGGUCUGGCUGUGGAGGGGGUGGGAGUGGUCUACGCACAGACAAACAAACAGGUCUGUGACGACAUUGACGAGUGCAAAAGACCCAACAACGGAGGGUGCACUGCUGACUCUCUCUGUCACAACUCUGCGGGUUCAUACGUCUGUGGGGGCUGUAAAACAGGCUACACAGGGGACCAGGUGAAGGGCUGUAAGCCAGAGAGGAGCUGUGGUAACAGUUUGACCAACCCCUGUGAUGUCAACGCCCAGUGUAUCCAAGAAAGAGACGGCUCCAUCACCUGUCAGUGUGGGAUUGGCUGGGCUGGUAAUGGCUACCUAUGUGGGAAGGACACAGACAUUGAUGGAUACCCUGAUGAGAAACUCAAGUGCAAGGAUAUGGUCUGUAAAAAGGAUAACUGCAUGCGUGUUCCCAACUCUGGCCAAGAAGAUGCUGACGAGGACGGACAAGGGGACGCUUGUGACGCUGACGCUGAUGGAGACGGUAUUCUGAAUGAACAGGAUAACUGCUGGCUGAAGCCUAACGUGGACCAGAGGAAUAGUGACAAGGACAACCAUGGUGAUGCCUGUGACAACUGUCGCACGGUGGAGAACCCCGAUCAGAGGGACACUGACAGUGACAGGAAAGGAGACGCCUGCGAUGAUGACAUGGAUGGAGACGGCUUGAAGAACUUCCUGGAUAACUGCCAGCGGGUGGUGAACCGGGACCAGUUGGACCGGGAUGGAGACGGAGUGGGAGACGCCUGUGACAGCUGCCCCGAUAUUCCUAAUCCUAACCAGUCCGACAUCGAUGAUGACCUGGUUGGGGAUUCUUGUGACACAAACCAAGACAGUGAUGGUGACGGUCACCAGGACACCAAGGACAACUGUCCCAACGUCAUCAACAGCUCCCAGCUGGACACGGACAAAGACGGCCUGGGGGAUGAGUGUGACGAUGACGAUGACAACGACAGCAUCCCUGACUUCCUGCCACCAGGACCCGACAACUGCAGACUGGUGCCCAACCCCGACCAGCUGGAUGAGAACAAUGACGGUGUUGGGGAUGUGUGUGAGUCAGACUUUGACCAGGACAAGGUGAUUGACAGAAUAGACAACUGUCCAGAGAACGCUGAGGUCACUCUGACAGACUUCAGAGCCUAUCAGACGGUGGUGCUGGACCCCGAGGGUGACGCCCAGAUUGACCCCAACUGGGUUGUCCUCAAUCAGGGAAUGGAGAUUGUGCAGACCAUGAACAGUGACCCUGGACUGGCUGUGGGUUACACUGCGUUCAGUGGGGUGGACUUUGAGGGGACGUUCCAUGUAAACACAGUGACUGACGAUGACUACGCAGGCUUCAUCUUUGGCUACCAGGACUCCUCCUCCUUCUACGUGGUCAUGUGGAAACAGACUGAGCAGACCUACUGGCAGGCCACACCCUUCAGAGCAGUGGCUGAGCCUGGCAUCCAGCUCAAGGCUGUGAAGUCUAAGUCCGGUCCAGGUGAGCACCUGAGGAACUCCCUUUGGCACACAGGGGACACCAACGACCAGGUGCGUCUGUUGUGGAAGGACCCCAGGAACGUGGGCUGGAAGGACAAGGUUUCCUACCGCUGGUACCUGCAGCACCGGCCCCAGGUCGGAUACAUCAGGGCCCGUUUCUAUGAGGGUACAGAACUGGUGGCUGACUCUGGUGUGACCAUUGACACCACCAUGAGAGGAGGGCGACUGGGUGUAUUCUGUUUCUCUCAGGAAAACAUAAUCUGGUCCAACCUAAAGUACCGCUGCAAUGACACCAUCCCUGAGGACUUCCAGUUCAGCACGCAGCACGGCGUCAACGACAGUCUCUAAUCCUACAGAGAGUCUGAAAGAAAGACCGUUUCUCCACAUGUUUGGAAUGUUUGUGGUGUGUGUGUGUGUACACAGUGGCAAUACUGUAUGUACUGUAUGUUGUCUGUUUAUGUCUAUGCCACCCCCCCUCAAAAAUGUUUUAAUCAACUUGUCUUCCUGAGUAUUAAAAUAAGUGUCCUCAGUGCUCUGAAUGAGGACUACUAGAGUAAAAUAAAAUUAUAUUUAUCAUUACAUUUCAUGCAUAUUACAAUUCAAACUCUAGAUUUUCUUUAUUCUUUGAGCUCAUUUGCGUUAUCAUCCACAUACACAAUCAUCAGCCAUUGAUAUAAGCUUCCUUCUCUGUCAGAGCAGCAUUUAUUCCCAGUGUGAUAUACCAGCCCCACACUCUGCACAAUGUAUUCACAUGACAUGGACAUGAAAGGGAACACAAGAGAGGAGUCAGACCAUGGUGACUUGGCCAUGCCUGAGCAUAUUACAUUUUCUUCUACCCUGGUCCCAGAUCUGUUUGUGCUAUCUUGCAAUUUUGGAAAAAAACACAAACAGAUCUGGGACCAGGCUAACUAUCUUGUAACUCUGACCUCAAUCCUCCCCCGAGGCCUAGUCUUAUCCAAGAGUUUGGUUAUCAUUGCUUAUCACGGCUCCUUGACGCAAUUCUCUGGAGGCCAAUGGAAAGCGAUGCUUUACAUACUUAAAUGAUUCUCAAAUCAAAUCUACUCCUCUGUCUGGUUUCACUCUUAGACAUAGGUGUUUAUAUGUUUGAAAUUCAUGUUGAUUCUUUUCUAAAUUGUAAGGUUAUUGACAAGAGAAUUUCACAUAAAAAAUGUUAAGAGACGUUGCAUCAUUUUUUUGUCUUGCCUUAUUGUAAGAGCAGAUUCCAUUUGUUUCUCAAGAAUUUCAUCAGCCAUUCUCUCAGGUCAUGUGGUAAAAAUAAUUUGACCACAUUGUAAAUGUAUAGAAGUGAGGAAACAAGACUAUUGACCUGUUAACCUAUUAUUAUUGGGGGUGACCAUGUGACACGGGCAUACAUAAAGUCUGCUUAUAUAUAUAUUUUGUAAACUAGAGGGCUUAACCCUCAAGGUACCGACUGGGGUCAUUUUGAUUAAAGAGCAGUAAAAUAACAAUAGCGAGGCUAUAAACAGGGGGUACCGGUACAGAGUCAAUGUGUGGGGGCACCGGUUAGUCGAUGGUAUAAAUACUUAAUAGAACUGCAAUACAGAACUCAGAUACACUCUGAAUCUACACACAGCUGUAUUAGGGUGUAUUCUCCAAAAAGUAUUUAUCCAACACUCUUAGAAAAAAGGUGCUUUCUAGAACCAAAAAUGGUUCUUCGGCUGUCUUCACAGGAGAACCCUUUGAAUAACCCCUUUUGGUUCCAGGUAGAACCCUUUUGGAUUCCAUGUAGAGAGCCCUUUCCACAGAGGGUUCUACGUGGCACCAAAAGAGUUUUUUACCAGGAACCAGAAAAGGGUUCUACCUGGAACCAAAAAGGGUUCUCCUAUGUGGACAGCUGUAGAACCCUUUUUGCAAUGCUUUUUUCUAAGAGUGUAGGGCAAAUCUAAAAAAAACAAUCUAUUUGAAUCCAGGUUUUUCUGGAGACAGAAUAUUAAAUUAUACAUAUCAUCAGAGGGUGGAGGGGGGGCUAUUGGGGUGAUCUUGACCUGAUAGACACCUGCGGAGAUGGAGCACCUUAUGUACUUGCCUAUGGUUAAAACUAGGCAUGUCCAUGUACAAAAUCUAAAUGACCCUAGAUAUAUGCUUAGUUUCUGUAUAAACAGCUCAUAAAAGUAUGUCAGUUGUAUGAAUACUUUGUAGAACUGUAAUACAACUGUCAUACAGAAACAGCUACCCUCUAAAUGUACACAUUGUGCUGUAUUGGUGUGUAUUCUCCAAUCGAAUAGUUAUUAUACUGAAAAUUGUAUAUGAAUACCAGAAUUCCUAUAAUAUUCUCCAAUACAUUAUAUGUGCAAUUUGUUAUGAUACUGUAUUUUGAGUGCUAUAGCAUUGGUUUGAAGUGAUUUAGAGGAUAAGGGCAUGAUUUUUGAAGCAGCCUGCCAUAGGCCCUAUACUCCAAUUGUUUCACUAGCAGCAAUGCUAAUGCUGUCUCUGGGAU